AACCAAGUAGUUUUUCAGGGCGCAUUCCCCGGCAGCAAUGUGGAGGGAAAGGGCGACCACGUCCAGCUGAAAUUUUUUUUUUAUACUUUUACAUUUUUAAUUUUCUCUUUUAUAGUUUGUAAACUUUGCGUUUGUUGCGGGGAAAAAAAAAAAGCUGCGAAUCGUCGGCUCUGUGCGGGGAAAGCGAGCGAGUUAGAAGUGAAGAGAACUGCAACCAGACCGACUCGUGUUUUUUUGUGUGUGUGUGUGCGUAUGUGUGUGUGUUUUCUCGUUUUUUGACUCGAGCCAUUGUUUUCUUACACAUGGAUAUUAGGAGAUGAAAUCGGACGUGUUUCUUGUUCUUGAGUAAACCCCCCUCGGUUCGCUUGGACUGGUAGUUUAUGUGGUCCCCGGGCUCUGUAGGAGGAGGAGAGAGUCCCAUUCCUCAGCAGCACAACAAGGAGAGACACACAGGGGCCACAAGUUGUCCACAAGCUGCGAAGGAGGCGAAACUUUGCCAAGUUGCUGCGCAUCCGGCCGCCGACGCCAAAUAUUCAUCGAUAUUUUCUACCAGCGCCUCUGCUGCGACUUUAAACUGUGGAUUAUUAUCGCAAGGCUCGACAUGGACCACGGGAUCCCGGUCAGAGGAUGAGAAAGGAGUUUUGAAAACAUGCACAUUUUCUUGUAGUUAGUUUACUACUCCAGCGACACGUUUGGACUACACCGAUCCGAGAAAAAAACAAACAAACAAAAAAGUCAAUUGUUUAUUGCGAUUGUUUUCUCCUCUCCUCGACUAACACUGCUCUGCAAAGAUGCCACAGCUGAACGGAGGCGGUGGGGAUGAUUUGGGGGCCAAUGAUGAAAUGAUAUCCUUUAAAGACGAAGGGGAGCAGGAGGAAAAGAUAUCCGAAAACGUAUCGGCGGAAAGGGAUUUGGAUGAUGUGAAAUCCUCCUUAGUGAACGAGUCGGAAAGCUCAUCAGACUCAGAGCAAGCAGAGAGGCGCCCCCAAACCAGACCCGACUUAGAAAGUUAUGAGAAAGCAAGAGACUACUUCAGUGAAGCACUGAGAAGGCAGCAAGAUGGUGGCUUUUUUAAGAGUCCUCACUAUCCUGGCUACCCGUUUCUCAUGAUCCCAGACCUCACCAAUCCCUACCUAUCCAACGGUUCCCUGUCCCCGAGUGCAAGAACAUAUCUGCAGAUGAAAUGGCCUCUUUUGGACGUCCCUGGAUCUGCAGGACUAAAAGACUCCCGUUCUCCAACACCUGGACAUUUAUCCAAUAAAGUCCCAGUGGUGCAGCACGCCCACCAUGUCCACCCACUGACGCCUCUCAUCACCUACAGCAAUGAACACUUCUCUCCCGGCACGCCGCCAUCACACCUCUCCCCAGAGAUCCUAGACCCAAAGACAGGUAUUCCUCGGACACCUCACCCAUCAGAGCUCUCUCCAUACUACCCCCUGUCUCCUGGUGCUGUUGGUUCCAUCGCACACCCCCUGGGCUGGCUCAUGCCACAGCAAGGCCAGCACAUGUACUCCAUCCCUCCAGGGGGAUUCCGUCACCCCUAUCCAGCGCUAGCAAUGAAUGCAUCCAUGUCCAGCUUGGUAUCCAGCCGUUUCUCCCCUCACAUGGUGACUCCACCUCCGCACGGCCUCCACCAGACUGGCAUUCCCCAUCCCGCCAUUGUCUCGCCGGCUAUCAAACAGGAGCCCAGUGGUGACAACAUCAGCCCCUCAAUGCAUGCCAGGAAAUCCCCCGUUCCUCCCAAGAAAGAAGAGGACAAGAGGCCUCAUAUUAAGAAACCUCUGAACGCUUUCAUGCUGUAUAUGAAGGAGAUGAGAGCCAAAGUAGUGGCAGAGUGCACUCUGAAAGAGAGCGCUGCCAUCAACCAGAUCCUUGGAAGACGGUGGCAUUCCCUGUCAAGAGAGGAACAAGCCAAAUACUAUGAGCUGGCCAGAAAAGAGAGGCAACUCCACUCCCAGCUCUAUCCAGGAUGGUCAGCACGAGAUAACUAUGGAAAGCGGAAAAAGAGGAAGAGAGACAAUAAACCUGAUUCAAAACCAGAGGACUUCUCGAUAAGAAGCAAGAAGCAGUGCGUGCAGUACCUGCCCUCGGAGAAGAUGUGCGACAGCCCUGCGUCGUCCCACGGCAGCAUGCUGGACUCACCAGCCACUCCCUCCGCAGCCUUGGCCUCCCCGGCUGCUCCCGCCGCCACUCACUCCGAGCAGGCCCAGCCGCUAUCGCUCACCACCAAACCAGAGGGACGCAUGCACCACCACCACUUCUCCCUAGCUGGGAAGGCUUCUGGAUCCACGUCCUCUUCUUCCUCCUCCUCCUCCUCUUCUUCCUCCUCCUCCUCCCAUCCCACCAUCUCCAUCCCAAUUGGUACUUCAGGUAGCCAGUCGACCACACCCAUCCUCACCCGGCCAAUCCCCUUCACCUCCCUGCACCCUUCCAUGCUCUCCCCCCCUUCCCCUUUCCAUCAGGCAGCCCUUCACUCCCAUCAUGCCCUGUUCCAGUCGCAGCCCCUCUCCUUGGUUACCAAACCAACUGAAUGAAUCCGCAAAGGCAAUUUUCUCCCAUUUAUUGUGCUGUAUAUUGCUUUUCUUUUAAAUAGGUAUUAGAACAACUUUUUUUCUAAAUAAUGAAAAGGAAGAAAUAUUAUUGGUCAAUAUUUGACUGUCUCCUUUUCUACAUCUCUCAAUGAAAACAAAAUGUAUUUUUUGUAAAGUUUACUGCAGAACUGGUUUCUUUUUAAUGCAUUUAUCCAAUGAACUUCUUGUAUAAAAGAACCAAUGUACAUAAAGUUUCUUUAUAAAAUAAAAAAGGAACAAAAACAUGUUUUCUUUUUAGCCAAAACCUGAUUAAUGUUAGUAUUAAGUUUAAGUCAUAGUACUGGCCAAUAAUUGCAGCCCCCUUUUCAAUUCACGAGUGUGUGCCCCUUCUUUGACAUGUUAAAUAAACAUUUGAAAUUGUUUCUUAAAAGAAA